CGAGGCCCCCUCCUGCUGCCGCCAUGUCCCGCCGCAGCCAGCGCCUUGUCACCAGCCGCUAUUACCCCGGGGACGAUGAUGCCACGACCAGCAGCAGCAGCACAUCUCUGCUGGGUGGGACACAGCUCCCCUUCAAGGAGACCACCGGCAGGACAAUCAGGAGGAAAUCGAGUAGCACAAAGCGCCUCUCUCCCGCCCCCAGCACCCAAACCUCCUACUAUAGCGAGUCCAUGAUGAGCGAGUCCUACCUAGGGGGCAGCCGGGGUCUUGCUGCCCUGGGUACCUCCAUGCUGGAUGAUGACCUGGACAGCAGCACGUACUGGGGUGGAGAGCUCUCCACCAGGAGGAGAAGAGGUACAGGAGACACCGAGUCCAGUAAAAUCAAUGGGGUGCUAGAGAGCAAGACAUACGACACCUACACAUCUUCAUCUGGGUACUCCUCAGAGGACGACUAUGCAGGUCACUAUUAUUCAGGCCAGAGUAGCUCCGGGUCAGGUCUAAAAAGUGCAGCCUCCCGGGUGGGCUCCUUCCUCUGGCAAGUGUUCACCUCCCCAGUUCGGUUCAUGGGGUGGCUGUUCUCGGGGCUGGCAGGGGCCUGGCGCCGCCUCACCGGCAGGGCUUCCCGCCUAAACAGCGUCCCUUUCUCCAGGCGAUACCCACGUCUGAAGAGGUCCCUGCUGCUGCUGCUCCUCCUCCUGUUCCUCGCUGCUGCUGCCUACGGAGCUUGGUACUUCUACCCCUAUGGACUGUCAACACUCAGCCUGCCUUCCUUCCCAUGGUGGGGAGCUGGAAAACUUUCCUCCUCCUCCGAUGUUCCUGGGGUAGGGGACCUGACCACGCUGGACCAGGGGGGACACCGACUCCUGGCUCGCUUCCAGUCCCUGGAGAAGCGCUUUGAAGCACUGGAGGCCGAGCUGUCACGGUGGGAGCUGCGUCGUGGGGCGGCAGCAGUGACAGCAGGGGGAGAACCACCCCCAGGGGACAUCCUUGCGCUGCUGGAGGGGCUGGUGAGCCGCCGGGACGCGGGGCUGAAGGAGCAUCUCCACACCGACAUGGCCAACCACCUCCAGGGGGAGCUGGAUGUGCUCCGAGCCCAGGUACAGAGGGAUUUAGAUGGGCGCCUGGGCAAGAUGGCACAAGCUUCCCAGGAAAUGGAAGCGCGCUUGCUGGAGCUGAACUCCGAGUGGCAGAGCUCAGUGCAGGAGAACCUGCGAGGGACCUUCCGACAGGAGCUGGGCAAGCUGGAGCAGGAGGUGGCAGUGCUGAGGAGGGAGCUGGCAAGCCUCAAGUUAGACCAGGAGGUGAUGGGGAAGCACGUGGAGGGGAUACUGGAGCAGCUGAAGACAGUGCAGGCUGAUGUGGAAGCACAGUUCCCAGUGUGGAUGAGUAGGUUCCUGUCACAGUCCCAGCAGGAUGGUGCCGCUGCCUUCAUCUUCCAGCGGGAAGACUUGCAAGCAGAACUCCAGGCUCUGGAACACAAGAUCCUUGCAAAAGUCCUGGAGGACCGGAGACUGUCAGCACGGGAUGCCCAGGCUGGUAUUGGAGUGGCCCUGAGGCAAGGAGAGACUGCAGGAGUGACUGAGGAGCAAGUGCAUCUCAUCGUGGGCCAGGCCCUGAAGCGCUACAGCGAGGACCGUGUGGGGAUGGUUGACUAUGCCCUCGAGUCAGCAGGGGCCAGUGUGAUCAACACUCGCUGCUCAGAGACCUACGAGACACGGACAGCGCUGCUGAGCUUGUUUGGCAUCCCCCUGUGGUACCACUCACAGUCCCCCCGUGUCAUCCUGCAGCCAGACGUCAACCCUGGGAACUGCUGGGCAUUUCGUGGCUCCCAGGGCUUUGCUGUCAUCCGCCUCUCUGGCAUUAUCCGCCCCACGGCCGUGACACUGGAGCACAUCCCAAAAGCCCUCUCACCGCAGGGGACCAUCCCCAGUGCCCCCAAGGACUUUGCAGUCUAUGGCUUAAAAGAAGAAGGAGAGGAGGAGGGCCUUCUCCUUGGACAGUUCACCUAUGACCACAAUGGCGACCCCAUCCAAACAUUUUACUUGGAGGGUGACUCCGUGGGCACAUACCAGCUGGUGGAGCUGCGGGUGCUGAGCAAUUGGGGCCACCCUGAGUACACGUGCAUCUACCGCUUCCGUGUGCACGGGGAGCCGGCGCACUGACCCCGGCCCCGAGAGGAAUGAGGAUGCUGCCGGGCUGACAGCAGGAGGGGAUGCGUCUGCUUCACUGCUUCGCACCUAGAAAUCCUGGCGUGUGCCAGCAGCCGCCCCGGGAAGCUUCUCCCCUGGGGCCGGGAGGAGAAGAGCUGGUGUUGAAGGGGUGAGGCUUUCACUCUUCCAAGGACCGGGGUGGUGAGGCUAGAGCAUCCCACGUGGGUCCUAGCGCAGCCUGGCUUGUUUUCAGUGCAUAUGGGACAUUUUAACUUUUUAAGCUAACUUUGUAUCGGGUUUGCGCUGCCCCUGUUCCCUGUUGUCCCACUCCUUUCUAGCAUGGCCAGGGCUUGGGAAAGGGGUGUGUCAUUUUGUCAUGUGCUUCAUGCGAGCUUGGGUGCAGGAGAUCGGUGUGCGGGACCGUGGUGCCUGACUCGGUGCUGCCGGAGUAGGUGGGAGCCACCAGUUGUGGCCACCAAGUCCCCUCCACACAGGGUCACUUCUCUUGCCUUGGUGUUGGUUUGGGUAGAGAUCUCCAGCCCUCCAAUGCUGGGCCGGCAGAGAGGAAAUAAGACAGUAUUAAUGAAGUAUUAACAUAAAACUAAUGGUUUGGGGCAGCAGGAGGAGAGGAGUGUGGCACGUGUUGGUGGCAGAGCCCACCUCUGUGCUGCCAUCCAUCCUCUCAAGCCCUCCUGCUGCCAGUAGCUGAGUUGGUGAUGCUGUUGGCCUCCCUGGCUGGCUGCCUCCCCAGUGUUAAGCUUGAUGAUGCUAUUGAAAAUUCCUGUUGCCUGCUUUUCCUCUGGGGUUUGUUCUGAAUUUUUUUUU